AUGGCGCCAGCACCAGCUGUCCAUAUCACGGAUUCGCUGGAAGAGUUUCAAUCAGAAGAACAACGGCAGGUACUCGACACUGUCGCCCAGAUUCGCAAAUGUGGCUUAGAUGCGAUCUUACCACUUCCACAGAUCGCUGUUUGCGGUAACCAGUCUGCUGGCAAGAGUUCCGUACUAGAAGCCCUUACGGAAAUUCCCUUCCCUCGGAAUGACAACCUCUGCACGCGCUUCGCGACUGAAAUCACCCUCCGCCGCGGUGCAGCCGACUCUCUCCGUCUUUGUAUCAUCCCGGACGGGAGCCGACCAGCCGAUGAAAAGGCUGCAAUCUCCGCGUUCUCCGAGACUAUUGUGGACUUCACCGAAUUGCCUAAUAUCAUGUCCAAGGCCUCGUCCGUGAUGGGGAUCAACUCUGCAGCCAACAGCUCCUCUGAGGGCUCCUCCCAUCAAGCAUUUGCGAGAGACGUUCUGAGCUUUGAGAUCGAAGGUCCAAAUCGCCCACAGUUGACUGUUGUCGACGUCCCCGGCCUCAUCCAAAACGUGACGAAAGGGGUUACAGAACAGGACAAAAGAAUUGUGGCCGAGAUCACCGACUUUUACAUCAAGCAGGAGCGGACCAUUUGCCUUGCUUUGGAUUUGCGGAAGAAGGCAGCUUCAGACGCAUUCCUUUCCUCGACAGAGAAGGAGGCUUCCUCAAACUUGCGAUUCUUCACAACAUGCCACCCUAGCUUAAAGAAUACAUCUUCGUUCCGAGCAAGCGCAAGGUUGGUUCGCAUUGAACAUAUCAAACGCGAGCUUCCCAAUCUGCGGCGAGACCUAGACAUCGCCCUGGCGGAAACCACAGCACAACUGGACAGAUUAGGGUCUACUCGCGCUACCGCAGACGAAUGUCGCAAUUAUUUGACAACGCUGAGUUUGAAAUUUCUCGAAACCACAAAAGCGGCUGUAGAUGGGCAUUACGAGGGAGACUAUUUUCAAGACUUCGCCGAUGAUGGUUUCGACAUUGCAUCGCCACAAUCAGUGAAGCGGCUUCGUGCUGCGAUUCAGUAUGUAAACCAAGACUUUGCGGAGACCAUGCGACGGAAAGGCCCGAAACACUUUGUAUCCUGGGAAGAUAGUGUCCACGAACCGUCCAAGACUUCGCUCAAGGCAAAUGCCAUACCGACGCUAUCUCGCCAAGAAGCUCUCGCUUGGGUUGCACGGGUCCUGGUUCGAUCUCGAGGGAAGGAGCCUAUUGGAAACUACAAUCCACUCAUUAUUGGCGAGCUGUUCUGGGAACUAUCAUCCAAGUGGGAAUUGUUAGCAACUGAUCAUGUCGACACCGUGGCCGAUCUUUGUAGCAAAUUUACGGAUAGACUGCUUGAAGAGACAUGUCCGCGGGAUAUUCGGGCCCGUCUCUCUGCUUUGAAGAUCGCAGAUGGUUUACAGGCGCGGAAAGCGAGGGCAACGGCAGAGCUCAAUAACAUUCUUGAGGACAAGCAAGACUUCCCAAUAGUCUAUAAUCACUAUUACACCGACAAUGUACAAAAGGCUCGCCAGAAAAGGAUGGAGAAAAAUCUUGGAAGGUCAAUCGAGGCCGCAACCUCCCACCAACAUUUACCCAAUUGCAACUCUAAUCACACGUCUGCGACUGUCGACAUUGAUGUUGCAUUGCGACAUUUCCAUGGCAAUACGGAACGUGACAUGGAGAAACACAGCUGCGAAGAAGCGCUAGACUGCUUGCUCUCCAUGUACAAGACCCAACAGAAGACCUUCGUAGCGAACGUCACCUCCCAAGUCAUUGGACGACACAUGGUACGCAAGUUGGACAAGCUCUUCACUCCCUUGGACGUGAACGGUUUAUCUGAUGAGGAUGUGAUGAAGGUGGCAGCGGAGCCUGCAGCCACCAGGAGGCAAAGAGACUUCUUGGCAGACAGACAGCAGAAGCUCCUAAGUGGUAAGAACAUUUUUCGAGGCAUCAUGGGCCGCAUAAAGUAA